AUGGCUCUUGAAUCUUCUCUCGCAGCAUUAUCCAUUGCUCAAGUCUCUGGUCAAGAAGCUGCUGCCACAAAAGCUCUAGUCUUCAAACCAAAAACUGCCAAAUCUGCAACUCCGGUCCCAGUUAUUGUUUUCGCUUUACAAUCAACUUCAACUCCAUCAAAUUUAAUUGCUUCAAAUGCUGGUGUUAAAGACCCAAGAUUAGCUAAAGAAGACUUGGUUCAAGAAUUCUUUGGUGUUUCUCCAAAAGAAUUUUCUGUUGCAAACAUUACUAAAGAUCAUGCUGGUAAAAUUAAAGUUUUAGUUGAUCAACAAAUUCAAGAAUCUUCAAUUUAUGAAUUAUCCACUGAAAGUUCCAAAGCUGCCGUUGAAGGUAAAUCAUUACUUGGUUUCUUACAAUCGACUGGUGUUGAAUUAAUUACUGUUGAUUUCUCUGCUGCUCCAGCUCCAACUCCAGCUUCAGCCCCAGCUAAAAAAUCAAAAGAUUCAGCCCCAACUAAAAAUAAUGCUCAAUUAGAAGAUGCUAAAUUAAUUGGUGUUACUGUUGAUAAAUUCUUAGAUUUCCCAGGUUGGUAUCAACAAAUCCUCACAAAAGGUGAAAUGUUGGAAUAUUAUGAUGUCUCAGGUUGUUAUAUCUUAAGACCUGCUUCUUAUGCUAUUUGGGAAGCUAUUCAAAAAUAUUUUGAUGAAAGAAUCAAAUCAAUUGGUGUUAAUAAUGCUUAUUUCCCAAUGUUUGUUUCUUCAAGAGUUUUAGAAAAAGAAAAAGAUCAUAUUGAAGGUUUUGCUCCAGAAGUUGCUUGGGUUACAAAAGCUGGUAGUUCUGAUUUAGAAGAACCAGUUGCUAUUAGACCAACUUCUGAAACCGUUAUGUACCCAUAUUAUGCUAAAUGGAUUCAAUCUCAUAGAGAUUUACCAUUAAAAUUAAAUCAAUGGAAUUCCGUUGUUAGAUGGGAAUUUAAACAUCCUCAACCAUUUUUAAGAACAAGAGAAUUUUUAUGGCAAGAAGGUCAUACAGCUCAUUUAACUUAUGAAGAAGCUGAUACUGAAGUUUUACAAAUCUUGGAUUGGUAUUCUGAUAUUUAUCAACAUUUAUUAGCUGUUCCAGUUGUUAAAGGUAAAAAAACUGAAAAGGAAAAAUUCGCUGGUGGGUUAUAUACUACAACUGUUGAAGGUUAUAUUCCAGCUACUGGUCGUGGUAUUCAAGGUGGUACUUCACAUAAUUUAGGUCAAAAUUUCUCCAAAAUGUUUAACAUUAGUGUUGAAAAUCCAGAAGGUGCUGAUAAACCAAAAUUAUUUGCAUGGCAAAAUUCUUGGGGUUUAUCAACUCGUGUUAUUGGUGUUAUGGUAAUGAUCCAUUCUGAUAACAAAGGUUUAGUUAUCCCACCAAGAGUUGCUCAAAACCAAGCUGUUGUUAUCCCAGUUGGUGUUACAGCUAAAACUUCAAAAGAACAAGAAAAUGCUAUUUAUGAUGGUGCUAAAGAAAUUGAAAAUAGAUUGAAAAAAUCUGGUAUUAGAGCUAUUGGUGAUUACCGUAGUAAUUAUUCUCCAGGUUGGAAAUUCUCUGAUUGGGAAUUAAAAGGUUUACCAAUUCGUCUUGAAUUUGGUCCAAAAGAUCUUGAAAAAAAUCAAGUUAUUGUUGUUCGUCGUAAUGAUUCUAAAAAAUAUAUUAUUUCAUUAGAUGAUUUAGAAACCAAAAUCCCAGAAAUCUUGGAUGAAUUCCAUGAAUCUCUUUAUGAAAAAGCUAAAGAAUCUUUUGAUACCCAUAAAGUUAUUGUUGAAGAUUGGAAAGAUUUUGUUCCUGCAUUAAAUGCUAAAAAUGUUAUUUUAUCACCAUGGUGUGGUGUUAUGGAAUGUGAAGAAGAUAUUAAAGAUGCUUCUGCUAAAAAAGAUGAUGGUGAAGAUGAAGAAGUUGAUGAAAAAGCUCCAAGUAUGGGUGCUAAAUCAUUAUGUAUUCCAUUCCAACAACCUGAAUUAAAACCAAAUACUAAAUGUGUUAGAUGUGGUGAAAAAGCUAUUAAUUACACAUUAUUCGGUAGAAGUUAUUGA